AUGUCCCUGGGGGACUUUCUGACUGAUAGUGGCUUUGGAGGAGGCUCUUGGGCCGAUGAGGUUGAGGAAACUUAUGUUACUGGCACUCAGCCUCUUCCCCCCAGCGACCGACCUCGCUUUGGCGGUGGCAGCACUGGCAUGUCGAAUUGGCAGGAUCGAGGUUACUCCUCAGUCCGUGAGAACCUUCCCCAGAAGCUUCCCGACAAGCCCCCUUUCACUGCCCAUCUCGGCAAUCUUGCCUAUGACGCUACCAACGAGAGCGUCACCGAAUUUUUCGAGGGCUGCGAGGUUGUCAGCGUUCGUAUCAUUGAGGACCGCGAGAUGCAGCGUCCCAAGGGUUUCGGAUAUGUUGAGUUUGGCGAUCUCGAAGGACUCAAGAAGGCUUUGACUCUUGACGGACAGUCCUUCAACGGACGAAUGAUCAAGAUCAAGAUUGCUGACCCUCCUCGUGGUGGUGAUAGCCGCGGUGGCGAAUCCUCGCGCGACCUGAGCGACUGGACUCGCAAGGGACCUCUUCCAGACUUGCCUGGGCGUCGUGCCGGCCCUGGUUCUGACUUUGGUGGUGAGCGUGAGCGUCGCCCUCCCCGUGACCCUGCCGCUGAACCCCGUGCUCCUCGUGAGAUGAACUGGGAACGACGCGGACCUCUUGCUCCUCUGCCACCUCAAGAAGGUGGCCCUGGACCUCGUGAUGGUAGCCGAACCCGUCCCGCUCCCGAGGGUCUGGGCGAGCGUGGUGAGUCUCACCGCGGAUCUCGCCAAGGGUCUGCCUCUUGGGGCGAGGGACGACAAGAUGGUUCCCGACCUCCUCGACGAGAGCAGCCUGAGCGUGCUCCUACUGCCGCCGAAAAAGAUUUCCAAUGGCGUUCCAACAUGCGCCCUGAUGCCCCCAAGCCUCAGGAAGAGACGGAGAGCCCUGCCUCUCCCACUGCACCUGCUCCCGCCCAAGGUGGUCGUCCACGCCUGAACCUGCAGAAGCGAACUGUUUCUGAGGCCACUGAUGCUGCUGCCACCACGCCAAGCGGUGACGCCAAAGCAAGCCCCUUCGGAGCUGCUCGACCCAUCAACACCGCCGCCCGCGAGCAAGAAAUCGAGGAGAAGCGACAGAUUGCCAUCCGCGAGAAGCGUGAAGCCGACGAGAAGGCCAAGGAGGAACGAAAACUUGCUAAGCAGGCCGCCGCAGAGAAGGAGGAGGCCGCAGCAGCAGCUGCUGCACAGGCUGAGGAAGCUGCCAAGGAAGAAGCCGCCAAACCAGCCGAGAACGAGGCUGAGGAGAAGCAAAACGGGGCCUCUACGGAACAAAAGGGAGCCCCCCGAAGCCGGGAGCCUCGGGAACCCAAGGAACAGCCCAAGUCGAGGGCCACUGAAUCGGGCAACUGGAGAUCUGCUUCCAACGAGCAGCGCGCCCCUCGCGGCGGUCCAGGCAAUUCUCGAGGUGGACGCGGUGGCGCAGCCCGAGGACCUCGCAACGAAGGCCGAGGAGGACACCGUGCCAACGGAGCACCAGCCCAGCAAGCUUCCGCUGCCCAGGGGGCAGGGGACGGCGAGGCCACGACAGUUGAUGAGGACGGAUGGACGACAGUGCCAAACAAAAAGGGACGUCCGGGACGCCCGUAG